GAAAUCAUGUGUUAAGCCUCCAACAUCUAAAUUUUCAGAGAGUGUAAUUUUAAUUUUGGUUUUUAAUGUUUGCGUUUUUAAAAUCUAAAAAAUAAGUUUGUUUGUUUUGGACCCGAAUCGGUUUUAAGCAGGAUAUUCCCACAUUACACUCUGCAGAAAUGACAAAGAAUAAGAAUGAUGCAGCCAAGUCGGUGGGGCAGCCACCGGUGUACGCCGGCUGCAUGCCGCUGGAGGAGAUCACAAUCUACGACUGGAUGCGACAGCAGAACUGCAAGACCACGAGAUACCAGCAGGCGGAGACGUACCCGAACAUACGUCCGCCCAUCUCGCGGUGCGACAAGCAGCAGACCAUGAAGUGGAUGUCCGACUCCCUGGAGGCCACCGGCUGUGCGCGACUCUUCGACAUGCGGAAGGACAACGUGCUGGAAGCGUGGUCAAACAGUCCCAACAAGGAGACACUCGGCUGGUACGGCCUCAGCGGUGGCAUUCAAGAUCCCGAGGCGGUGCUUUUUAAUCAAGCGCUGACCAAGAGCCUCCAGGCAGCCAGCGGCGUGAAGGCGAAGCCCACGCAGCAGGCAAAGCCGCAGAGGAAACCCAAACCCAAGCCGACUGGCGCCUACGUGCUGAAUCGUCAGUGUCUGAGGUCACAGCUGGCACGAAUGCCCACCAUCAAGCGGAAGUUGUCGCCCAACUAUGCCUUCACAUGGCUGCACUGUCCGCCACCGGACCCCACUAGUCCUCCCUUCGAGGACAAGCGAGGACCUCCCAUACCCCUGACCAGCGCCUUGGGCAUGGAGCGUACCCCCAGGAAGCACGGACUGCGGCAUCCCAUGUGUCAGUUGUCCUGCGAUCGGCCCAAGAAUCAGUGCACGGACUACGAGUGGAAAAAGUACAAGGAGGAUCCGCGGGCCAUCGACGAGGCCUUCAGGCGGGAGCUGGCGGCGGCGCAGACAUCCACGGAGGAGGAGCCCAAGGACUACGACGAGCUGUACGCGCGGAUGCUGCGCUGCUUCGAGCAGAGUCGAGAGCAGAACACAAUCUGCCAGGACUACGAGAAGUGCUGCAAGGCGCCGGGCGAUCCCCCGACUCAGGGCUGUGGCGAAAUGGUGCCCGAGGGAGCUGAUGGCGGUGCCGGGGGUAAGUCUGACGGAGAUGGCGACGGUGGCGGUGGCAAAGAUGGCGCUGGCAAGGAUGGUGAUGGCAAGGACGGCGAUGGGGGCGACAGGGGUAGCCGCAGAAGCACAAGCAAGCGGAAGAGCCGCACGGGUGGGAAGUACGGGGAGGGGAAGUACGGGAAGGGUGGCGAUGGAGACGACGAUGGCAAGGGCAAGGGCGGCAAGGAUGGUGAUGGCAAAGGUGGCAAGGGUGGUGAUGGCAGGGACGGUGACGGCAAGGACGGCAAGGGUGGCAAAGGGGGCAGAGGUUUUGGCGACGAUUCUGACGGCAAGGACAAAGACAAAGGCAAGGGUGGCAGGGGCGACGGACGGGAUGGCGGCAGAAAGAUGGAGGAGGACGAUGAUGACACAGGCGGCAGGGGGAACAGAGGCGACCUCGAUGACGAUGGCGACGGUGAGGGUGGCAGGCGGAAGGAUGGACGCCGCUCCUCGCGGGAGCGAACGACGCUCGAUUCGCACGGCAGCCGCACGGGGCAUGGGGAUGGCACCGGCACCGGCACCGGCACCGAUGGCAAGGAUGGCGAUGGCAAAGAUGGCGACGGCAAAGAUGGCGAUGGCAAGGACAAGGAUGGCAAGGACAAGGACGGCAAAAAGGGCAAGAAAGGUGGGCGGAAGGACAAGAAACGUGGUGGCGAAGGCGGCGAUGGUGAUGGUGAUGGUGAUGGCAAAGACGCCGUCAAGGACUGCCCCUGCGAGCUGUGCAACUACUGCGACAAGGAGCCGGACACGCCGCUCAUCCGCGAGAUGCGGCGACGCGACAAGCAGCGCCAGCAGCGGGAGUACCUCCAGCUGAUGCGCCACCGCCAGUAUGUCCAAUGCCGCACCGCCGAGUACCUGGCGACGCAGCACAAGUGCGAUCCGAUUGUCUGCUGCAAUCAGUUCUGCGGCAACCCGCUGCUGCAGGAUCAGCUGGCCAAGAUCGAUGCGGUGCAACAGUUGCAGCAGCAGCUGAGGCGUUGCAGUCGCAAGAAUCGCGUCUCCUGCACAGCCAUUCACAGGAGACUCAAUCGGCUGAAGCAGCAUCUGUGUGAAGCGUUUGAAAUGCCAGAAAAGAGUUGAGGAACGGUUUCGGGAUUCCUGCUGCCCAUCUCCUGUUGCUCU